UGUGUAUGAGGAUGUGUUCAGACUUUUGAUUCAUAAAACCAGAUUUAUGUUGCUGUUUGCAGGACCAAGCGACCGCACGUUUCAACCGUGUUUUAAGAAGCACCAAAGUUAUUUGACACAGGCACAUCAACAUGAGCGGGUCACAGUACCAGUGGGCUGAAGAUGACUUUCUGCCAGCAGGGGCAGUUCGGAUGACCCGACAACCAGAUAAUAAUAAAACAUAUGUCAUGUACCAUGGAACCACUAAAGCCAAUGCUCAGAGUAUCUUGGCCUCUGGCUUUCAACAGUCAGCAGAUGGCAUGCUUGGUCGCGGCGUCUACCUCAGCAGAGAUCUGCAGAAAGCGAGCCGCUAUCCUAUUGGUCACCCCGUGUUUGACAGGGUCGUCAUUAAGGUUGUGGUCAACGUGGGAAAUGUGAUUUCCAUCAAUCGUCAAAACCACCCAUAUCAGAAGACUUGGCAUGACCACGGAUACGACACUGCCUGGGUGCCACCCAAGUGUGGAAUGGUGAAGAGUGGUUUGGAGGAGGAUUGUGUCUGGGAUCCCAAACGAAUCCAGAUCCAGCAAGUCAUGAAACCAACCCAAACCCAGCCAGGAAUCUCGAUCAUGAAUCUCCUUGAAUUACUUCGACUCGAGAUACACAGGCACAUCAACAUGAGCUACGGGUCACAGUAUCAGUGGGAUGAAGAUGACUUUCUGGCAGCAGGGGAAGUUCGGAUGCUUGAAGAACCUGCUGAAGACAAAACAUAUGUCAUGUACCAUGGAACAACCAGGGCCAAUGCUCAGAGGAUCUUGGCCUUUGGCUUUCAUCGGUCGGCAAAUGGCAUGCUUGGUCCUGGUGUCUACCUCAGCAGAGAUCUGCAGAAAGCGAGCCGCUAUCCUAUUGGUCACCCCUUUUUUGACAGGGUCGUCAUUAGGGUUUCGGUCAACGUGGGAAAAGUGAUUGCCAUCGAUCAUCAAAACCACCCUCAUCAGAAGAAUUGGCAUAACCACGGAUACGACACUGCCUGGGUGCCACCUGACUGUGGAAUGGUGAAGAGCGGCUUGGAGGAGAAUUGUGUCUGGGAUCCCAAACGUAUCCAGAUCCAGAAAGUCAUUAAACCAAGCCGAACCCCAAUCUCACUCGAGAGUGCCAUUGAAACAAUUCCGCUCGAGUGGAUAUACAGACCAGGCCAAAAUCCGUACGUCUGUCCAUGUUGUGGACAAGUCUUCAUGAUGUGACUACGGAUACGACACUGCCUGGGUUCCGACUGUGGAAUAGUGAAGAAUGGUUUGGAGAAGGAUUGUGUCUGGGAUCCCAAAUGAAUCCAGAUCCAGAGUAUCAUCAAACCAGUCCCAACCUAGUACUAAUCUGGAUGUGGUGCACAAGGCUACAUGUAAACUCCAUGAGGGGUUACUCGUUCAUUUUGUACGUUCAGAUAUAUUGUCAUAUAUUUGGAUAAUGAAUAAAUGACAAUCUAUUUUUAAAAUGCCAUUGUAACAUGAAAAAUAAACAAAUCAAGAAUCUGA